AUGGCAUCAUCCACGCCUCCUCAGACUUCAAAGAAGGUCCGUAACAAUUCUGGUAGCGGCCAAACCGUCAAAUUCGCAAGGAGAACAUCUAGCGGACGAUAUGUGAGUUUAUCUCGAGAUAAUAUUGAAUUGUCGGGAGAGCUCUCUGGAGACUAUUCUAACUACACGGUGCACAUACCUCCAACACCGGAUAACCAGCCUAUGGCCACCAAAGCGGAAGAGCAGUACGUGUCCAAUUCUCUAUUUACUGGUGGUUUCAACAGUGUGACGCGUGCGCAUCUUAUGGACAAGGUCAUUGAUUCAGAUGUGACACACCCUCAGAUGGCUGGUGCUAAAGGCUCUUCGUGUGCCAUGCCUGCUUGCGACGGAAAGGUCAUGAGAGAUGAGAGAGGAAAGGACGUGAUGCCAUGUGAAUGCCGGUUCAAGAUCUGCAGGGAUUGCUUCAUGGACGCUCAGAAAGAGACGGGUCUUUGCCCAGGAUGCAAGGAACUAUACAAAAUUGGGGACCUAGACGAUGAUACACCUGACUUUUCUAGUGGUGCUCUCCCUUUACCAGCUCCAGGAAAAGAUCAACGUGACAACAACAACAUGUCUAUGAUGAAAAGGAACCAAAAUGGUGAAUUUGAUCAAAGUAGAUGGUUGUUUAAUGAGACGCAAGGCACGUAUGGUUACGGUAAUGCGUAUUGGCCUCAAGAUGAAAUGUAUAAUGAUGAUAUGGAUGAAGGAAUGAGAGGCGGCAUGGUGGAAACAGCUGACAAGCCAUGGCGGCCGCUGAGCCGACGCAUCCCGAUCCCAGCCGCCAUUAUAAGCCCGUACAGACUACUAAUCGCUAUUCGUUUUGUGGUGCUAUGUUUUUUCCUCACUUGGAGGAUCCAAAACCCUAAUGAAGACGCAAUAUGGUUAUGGCUCAUGUCCGUAAUAUGCGAGCUUUGGUUUGGAUUUUCAUGGAUUCUCGACCAGAUCCCAAAGUUGUGCCCCAUAAACCGUUCUACCGACCUAGAAGUUCUCCGUGACAAGUUCGACAUGCCUUCUCCCUCCAACCCAACAGGGAGGUCUGAUCUCCCAGGCAUUGACCUCUUUGUGUCCACCGCAGAUCCAGAGAAAGAGCCACCUCUUGUCACCGCCAACACUAUUCUUUCCAUCUUGGCCGUUGAUUAUCCGGUGGAGAAAGUGUCAUGCUAUCUGUCGGAUGAUGGAGGAGCCCUUCUCUCAUUCGAGGCUAUGGCAGAAGCUGCCAGCUUUGCGGACCUGUGGGUGCCUUUUUGUCGCAAACAUAACAUUGAACCUCGAAAUCCAGAUACGUAUUUCAGUUUGAAGAUAGACCCAACAAAGAAUAAGAGCAGGAUUGAUUUUGUCAAGGAUAGGAGGAAGAUCAAGAGGGAGUAUGAUGAGUUCAAGGUUCGCAUCAACGGCCUCCCCGACUCAAUACGGAGGAGAUCGGAUGCGUUCAAUGCAAGAGAGGAAAUGAAAGCUCUAAAACAGAAGAGAGAGAGCGGAAGUGAUCCAACAGAGCCUGUCAAAGUCCCAAAAGCCACGUGGAUGGCCGAUGGCACCCACUGGCCGGGAACAUGGGCAGCCUCUGCUAGAGACCAUGCCAAAGGUGACCAUGCUGGGAUUUUGCAGGUCAUGUUGAAACCACCCAGUGCCGAUCCUUUAAUCGGAAAUAGCGACGACAAAAUCAUUGAUUUUUCAGAUACAGACACUCGUCUACCGAUGUUCGUGUAUGUGUCACGUGAGAAGCGGCCUGGCUAUGAUCACAACAAGAAAGCUGGAGCCAUGAAUGCACUUGUUCGUGCCUCUGCUAUUCUCUCGAAUGGACCUUUCAUCCUUAAUCUCGAUUGCGAUCAUUACAUUUAUAACUGUAAGGCCAUUCGAGAAGGCAUGUGUUUUAUGAUGGAUAGAGGUGGCGAAGACAUUUGCUACAUUCAGUUUCCACAGAGAUUUGAGGGUAUCGAUCCUUCUGACAGAUAUGCCAACAACAACACUGUCUUCUUUGACGGUAACAUGCGUGCUCUUGACGGCGUCCAGGGACCAGUUUAUGUUGGAACAGGUACUAUGUUUAGGCGCUUUGCUCUCUAUGGUUUCGAUCCACCCAACCCUGACAAGCUUCUUGAGAAGAAAGAAUCAGAGACAGAGGCUCUAACCACCAGUGACUUUGACCCGGACCUUGAUGUCACACAGCUUCCCAAGCGCUUUGGCAACUCCACACUACUAGCUGAGUCGAUUCCUAUUGCAGAGUUCCAAGGUCGUCCAUUGGCAGACCAUCCUGCUGUCAAGUUUGGUCGUCCUCCUGGAGCCCUUAGAGUCCCUCGUGACCCUCUUGAUGCCACCACUGUCGCGGAGUCUGUCUCCGUAAUCUCUUGUUGGUAUGAGGAUAAAACAGAGUGGGGAGAUAGAGUCGGGUGGAUUUAUGGGUCGGUGACAGAGGACGUGGUGACAGGGUACCGCAUGCACAACCGUGGGUGGCGCUCCGUGUACUGUAUCACCAAGAGAGAUUCUUUUAGAGGCUCUGCGCCCAUCAAUCUCACAGAUCGUCUUCACCAGGUGCUGCGUUGGGCCACCGGCUCCGUUGAGAUCUUCUUCUCUAGAAACAACGCCAUUCUCGCUUCCAAACGUCUCAAGUUCCUCCAACGUCUCGCGUACCUCAAUGUUGGAAUAUAUCCCUUUACCUCUCUGUUUCUCAUCCUCUACUGUUUUCUUCCGGCGUUCUCUCUUUUCUCUGGACAGUUUAUCGUGCGGACGCUAAGUAUCUCCUUCUUGGUUUACCUCCUCAUAAUAACCAUCUGUUUGAUUGGCUUGGCGGUUUUGGAGGUCAAGUGGUCAGGCAUUGGACUAGAAGAAUGGUGGAGAAAUGAACAGUGGUGGCUUAUCUCCGGAACAAGCUCUCACCUAUACGCGGUGGUCCAAGGAAUCCUCAAAGUUCUAGCAGGGAUAGAGAUCUCCUUUACCUUGACGACCAAGUCAGGUGGAGAUGACAACGAGGACAUAUACGCAGAUUUGUACAUAGUGAAAUGGUCGUCGCUAAUGAUACCGCCCAUAGUGAUAGCGAUGGUGAACAUAAUAGCGAUUGUGGUGGCGUUCAUGAGGACGAUAUACCAAGCGGUGCCGCAGUGGAGCAAGCUUAUCGGAGGAGCCUUUUUCAGUUUUUGGGUGUUGGCGCAUUUGUAUCCAUUCGCAAAAGGAUUAAUGGGACGGAGAGGGAAAACUCCAACCAUAGUUUUCGUGUGGGCUGGUCUAAUCGCCAUCACCAUCUCUCUACUCUGGACUGCCAUUAACCCUAACACCGGCCCUGUUGCUGCCGCUGAAGGCGUUGGAGGCGGUGGUUUCCAAUUCCCUUAA